GUCGGCCCGCUGUUCGCGUAGAGCGCGCGUGAAGACGUGAACCAGGACUUUCCUACAAUUCGGCCGGCAGUUUUUGGAAGUCGCCGCGUUGUACCGGGAUGCGUUCGGUGACACGUGCGUGAACACCGUUAUCGCGAGCUCGUCGAGACGUGUGUGCUGAAACAUCGGACGCGAACGAUCAAUCCGCGAAUCCAAUCGUCCUAUCUCUUACUCAUGUGAAUUACUAACGUGACCUCUUCCAGUAUGAGUAUUGCUACGUGGGACACGAACCGAAUAUAAUUCACUGACAGGUUCUGAUGCGUGCGUAAUCAGGAUGACGAGAACGAAAUACGAGAGGAGAGAAGCGACCGACGAAGAGUUAGGCGAUGUUUCGAACGGCGUAGACCAAAGAAUUGUGGCAGUUUGACGCGGUUAAUCAAGAUCGUCACCGGGAUCGAUCACGGGAAUCAUGGGCAACGAAUCAUCCUGUUGCGCGUACCGUAAUAAGAAGAUGUCGGAAUUCCCGGUGGAGGGAGGCGAAAACAUGCAUACUGCCAUGGAGAAUUUCCAGAAGAAGAACCUAGUGACUGGCAGGACGCAUCACGUCACUCAUCAUCCGCAGGUCACCACCACGUCGUCGCAGAUGCUGACGACAAAUCAGAGCCAACAUCAGAGUAGUAGCAGCACUAGCACCAGUACUAGCAGUAGCAGCAGCAGCAGCAGUAGGGUGGCCAAGUCCUCGCAGAGGAUUCUCACCUCGUCUUCGUCGAGUGAGAUGAAGGCGAGCUCCAUGAAGAGCGAUCUGACGGAGCUCAAGCGCGGCAUCUCGGAGAUGAAGAACAUCUCGACCAAUUUUUCACAACGGCUGCGCAGCAGCAUGGAGAACCUCGUAGACAGAGAUGGCAGUGGACCGGAAGAGACCGAUCUCACAGAACCACUGGUGACUUUUCCGGAUACCGACACGCCGCCACCUGUCAACGAUGCUGUCACGUUGGCAGGCGGUUCUCCGUCCCAAUUGAGUUCCCUGAACUCUCUGAAUAAUCUUCAUCACAGCAUGAGCCCACCGAUGAAUAUACCGAACAUGCCAAACCUACCUGCUGGUCAGGAAACUAUGAAGUUCGAACAGAAGAAAAUGACUAGCGCUUCAAAAACAAAGCUUGGAUUUACCGAACGAAUGGUGGCGUUUGAUAGACGUUACACAUUGCGAACAUCGAAGAUGUUAUAG